AUGGUCCAAGGCAACGAAACCCCAGUGACGGAGUUCAUCUUAGGGGGGAUCCCAAACACUGGGAAGCUCCCUACCCUCUUCUUUCUCCUCUUCCUGCUCAUCUAUCUGCUCACCCUGCUAGGGAACCUCCUCAUCCUGGUCACCAUCCUCUGUGAUCCACGUCUCCACAACCUGCCCAUGUAUUUCUUCCUCGCCCACCUCUCCUUCCUUGAUGCCUGCCUUUCGUCUGUCACCACCCCCAAGGUACUAGUGGGCUUAGUGUCCCCUGGACAGAGGACCAUCUCUUUUGGAGGUUGUGCAGUGCAGCUCUAUGCUUUCCAUUUCCUGGCCAGCACUGAGUGCUUUCUCUACACUGUGAUGGCUUAUGACCGCUUCCUGGCUGUGUGCUACCCCCUGCGCUACACCACAGUGAUGAACAGGAGGGUUUGCAUGUGGCUAGCAGGCAGCACAUGGCUCACCGGCUCCCUUCAUGCUACCAUCCAUGCCACCCUUACUUUCCACCUGCCCUAUUGUGGCCCCCACAAGGUAGAUUACUUCUUCUGUGACAUUCCUGCUGUAUUGAAGCUGGCCUGUGCUGACACGGCUACCAACCAAGCUGUCAUCCUGGCUAAUAUUGGUGCAGUGGGAGCUGGUUGCUUUGUGGUGAUCUGUAUCUCCUAUACCUACAUCAUUUCUGCCAUCCUGAAAAUUUGCACAGCAGAGGGGAGGCAGCGGGCUUUCUCCACCUGCAGCGCCCAUGUCACUGUAGUGCUCCUGUUCUAUGUACCAGCCUUAUUCAUAUAUGUGAGACCCACUUCGAAUCAGGCCUCUGAUGGGAUGAUGGCUGUGUUCUACACCAUGUGCACACCUGUGCUGAACCCCUUCAUAUAUACACUGAGGAACAAGGAGGUGAAAAGGGCUGUGAGAAAACUGAUUUGUGGGCAGUCACUUUCUGUGGACACAUGCAAAUGA